AUGAUCACCAGCACCCUAUCUGCAACCCCGUCUGCUGUCAACAACCAACAAUCCUCAUCAGUCGCACCAAGCACCUGCACAUCUGCAGCACCCAACCCAACGCUCUUCCAAGAGUUGGUCCUCGCUCCCAACGCCGCCGCACGCAUAGCUCUCCUCACUGACGACGAAUUCGUCUUCGACUUCGCCGACCCCUGCAAGACAACCAGCAAACAAGGUGUCACCGCCGGCCUUGGAGGAGAGACCGUUCGUGCCGACCACGCUACCUUCCCCGCUCUCGUCGGCUCAGGUGGAUCCGUCACAAUGGGUUUCCUCAAAGGCUGUGGUUUCAACACUCCUCACGUCCACCCUCGAUCCUCAGAACUUAAUGUCGUCGUCGAAGGUCGAUUAUUCGCUUCCGUCACAGCUGAGAACGGAGCUAGACACAUGAACCACACUCUCGAGAAGUAUCAAAUGACGGUCUUCCCUCAAGGCGCAAUCCACACCGAGUUCAACCCCGACUGCACACCUGCUGUCUUCGUCGCUUCUUUCUCCAACGAGGAUCCCGGAGUCGGACAAAUUGCUCAGGAAUACUUCGGUCUUGAGGAUGAGAUUGUUGAGGCCACUGUCGGUGGUGAGAUCACAGUUGACGGCGCGGAUAUCGAUAUCUUCCGAAACAAGCUUCCUGCCAACGUCGUCAUUGGUGUCGAAAGCUGCUUGGCUAAGUGUGGGAUUUCCAAGAGAUAA